AUGGCCGGCCCGGGCGCCGACGAGCACCAGAAGCGGCGCCGGGGGCGGCCCUCGCCCGCCGAUCUGCUCCUCAACUGCGACCUGCCCCCUCCGGCCAAACUCUUCGGCCCCCUCCCGACUCUUCUUCACAGAUUGGAGAGCGCGGCGGGGGCGGAUAAGAAGGGCGACGGCGGCAACGAGGAGCUGCGGCGGGCGCUGCGGCUGUCGCAGUCGCGGGCGCGGGAGGCGGAGCGGAAGCUUGCCGCGGCCAGCGGAGGCCUGGCAGCGCUACUCGUGCGGGACUCGGUGCUGCUCUCGGCGCACCGCCGGUGGGUCAUGAUGCUCGAGGCCGAGAACUCCGCGCUCAGAGCCGCGGGCGCCGAGCCUGAAGAUGAUGAGGAAGAUGGGGAUGCCGCCCGGCGCGGUGUCGCCGCCGCGUGGUGGGUCGCGCUGGCGGUCUGCGUCGUCGGCCUCGCCCUCGGCAACCUCCUGCUCUGA